AUGAUGUGCCGUCUGCCCUCCAGGCUGCUAACCAGUAUGUGGGGCAGGCCUUCAGAGAAGCAGUCAUGGAGGGACAGCAGUCAGACCUCUUCCUCAUGUCUUAUCUAUAGACUUGACCACAUUGUGAUGACAGUAAAGAGUAUCAAAGACACUAUCAUGUUUUAUUCCAAAAUUCUGGAAAUGGAGGUCAUAACUUUCAAGGGAGACCGGAAAGCAUUGUGUUUUGGAGACCUUAUUGAGGUCCAGCACCUCAAAGCUUGUGAUGUCCCCAUUGAGGAGGGUCCAGUCCCCAGAACUGGGGCAAAAGGGCCCAUUAUGUCCAUUUACUUCCGAGACCCUGACAGAAACCUGAUUGAGGUGUCCAACUAUAUUUCCUCGUGA